UCAAGUAGCUAAACAUGUAAUUGUUUUUUAUCAUAAAAAGAAAAAAAAAACAUGCAAGUGGGUGUCGGUGCAACCUUGGCCUUUAAUUAUUAUUUCUUUUUCUUGUCCUUUUUGUUGGGUGGUUGGCUCACCCUCUGUUUCAGUGACUGUUUAGAAAAAGCACAAGUGCUGUGCUAUUCUUGAUGUACUUAGAUGUUUGCAUUCCUCUACUGUAAUUGCUUCUUGAAUCUGGAUUCAGAUGAUCCUGAAUGAUUCUGUCAUUGAAUUUACUUCCAUUGACUAGUGUUUCACAGGUGCCAAACUAGUUCCAGUUGUUUGCUUCAGUUUGGAUUUGUUGCUAAUUUAGUUUGGAUUUGUUGCUAAUUUAAGUGGAAUCCGGUCAGGAAGGAACCAAGUCCAUCAUCUGAAGUUUCAUAUGCAGGCAAAUCAAGUCUCCAGGUCUCUUAAUAUCGCCUAAGAAAAUAAAAAAGAAAAAGAAAAAGAAGAGCAGAGGAUUAUGCUUCCAUGAAAAGACCUAUAUAUCUAGGCUUGGAAGAAAAGGACUAAACCAACAUGUAUCCACCGGCACCUUAUACAGAAAUUGUUAUCUGUUAAUCCCUUCAAUAUUGGUUUGUUGGUAACAAAAUUGGAUCAAAACAGGUCUGGCCAUCUGAACUUCCAUUUCUGAGUCUCUUGAUAAUUGAUAUACAGUGCUUCUUGGAUCGCUUGCUUCUCUUCAUUACACUCCUAAAGAGAAACUAUGGGAGAGGCAGUUCUUGGGGCAUUCCUUGGGGUGCUGCUAGAAAAGUUGGCACAUGGUGAAGUCCUAAGCUACUUUGGACGUUUAAAGGGUGUAAACCAAAGGAAGCAGGAGAAAUGGACUACCAAAUUGACUGAAAUUGAAGAGGUGCUGAAUGAUGCGGAACAAAAGCAACUAAUGAAGCCGGGAGUGAAAAUGUGGCUAAAUGAUCUCAGGGACUUGGCUUAUGAUUUGGAAGAUGUAUUGGACAAAUUUUCUACCGAGCUGCUACAACGCUACGUCAAGCAGCAACAAGGGGCUACCACAAGUAAGUUAUGGAGGCCAUUUUCUGAAGCUAAGUUCAACUUCAACAUGAACUUGGAAAUCCAGGAGAUAAAUGAUCGAUUGCAAGAGAUAUCUCAACGGAAAGACCAAUUUGGUUUAAAUAAGACAGGGACAUCAUAUGCCAAGGAGUGGAAAAUGCCACCCAGUUCGUGUCAGCCAGAUGGACCUGUGAUUGGAAGAGAGAAGGACAAGAUGAAGAUUUUUGAAUUUCUGUAUAAAGAAGAGCCUUGCACUACCAUGAAUUUUCAUGUAGUUGCCAUUGUUGGUAUGCCAGGAGUUGGGAAGACAACACUUGCAGGACAUGUAUUCAAAGAGGUUGCAGAGGAAAAGUUUGACCUAAAAGUAUGGGUAUCUGUGUCCGAUGACUUCGACCUUGUAAGAGUGACAAAGGCAAUUCUUGAAUCAGUCAGAGAUAAGCGUGUGAAGGAAUUCAAAGAAUUCAGCAGAGUUCAAGAAAAUCUGAGCAUGAAACUAGCAGGUAAAAAGUUCUUAAUCGUUCUAGAUGAUGUUUGGAAUACCUGUGUCUAUGAUCUAUGGACAAAAUUGCAGUCCCCUUUUCAUGUUGGAGCACGAGGAAGUAAGAUAAUUGUGACAACACGUGAUUCAAAGGUUGCAAAAAUGAUGAAAGCCACUAGAAUUCAUAAUUUGGAGGGUAUAUCAAGUGACGAUUGUUGGAAAGUCUUUGAGCAACAUGCACCCUUGAACCUUAACAAUGACAUGCCCGUGGUUUCUGAGUCACUCAAGAAGAAAAUUGUUGCAAAAUGCAAUGGAUUGCCCUUGGCAGCAAGGACUCUUGGUGGUCUUCUAUGUUCCAAAGAACGAGAUGAAUGGGAAGAAAUUUUGAGCAACAAAAUGUGGAGUCUAUCAGAUGAGAGUGGCAUUCUCCCAGUAUUAAAAUUGAGCUAUCAUUACAUCCCUUCAAACCUGAAGCGAUGUUUUGCCUAUUGUUCAAUAUUUCCUAGUGACUAUGAAUUUGGUGAGAAGCAAUUGGUUCUUCUAUGGAUGGCAGAGGGUUUGGUUCAGAAACAACUGGAAGACAAUAAAGAAAUGGAAGAUAUAGGCAGUGAUUGGUUUCAAGAGCUAUUGUCUAGGUCAUUAUUUCAAAAAUCAAGCAAGAACAAUUCAAAGUACGUAAUGCAUGAUCUUGUUACUGAUUUGGCACGAUGGGCAGCAGGAGAAAUUUGCUUUAGAUUGGAGGAAAAGUCGGAUGAAAACAUGCAAUUUAAAUGUUCUCCAAAAGUACGCCAUUCAUCUUACACUCGUGGUAUGUAUGAUGGUGUUAGAAUAUUUGAUGCCUACUCUCACCCAAAAGCUAUACAUCUGAGGACAUUCCUACCACUUUCACUUUCAAGUACCACUCUUCAUUCAUAUCUAGCCCCUAAGGUUACAUUUUGUUUGCUGCCAAAGUUGCUCUGCUUACGGGUGCUCUCCUUGGCUGGUUAUCGAAUAACUGAGCUGCCAAAUUCAAUUGGGAAGUUGAAGUAUCUGCGGUAUCUUGAUCUUUCUCACACAAGAAUAAUGAGUUUGCCAGAAUCGACAAGCACGCUGUACAACUUGCAAACAUUGAUAUUGGAAGGUUGCUAUAAGUUGAAGGCACUACCUACAAACAUGAGGAAUCUAGUUAAUUUGCGUCAUCUCAACAAUUCAGGUGUUUAUUUAUCGGAAGAAAUGCCUCCACAGCUAGGUCAAUUGACUAAUCUGCAGACGUUGCCUAAUUUUGCAGUUGGCAAAGGUAGUGGGUCAGGGGUAAGAGAGGUUGGAUCCUUGUUGCAUCUGCGAGGAACAUUGCACCUAUCAAGAUUGGAGAAUGUGACUGGUGUUGAGGAUGCUAGAAAUGCCAAUUUAAAUAGUAAGGAGAGGCUGGAAUCCCUUUCACUAGAAUGGUGUUGUUCAAAUGUGUCCAGAGAAAUUGCAUCGAUAGUGCUUCACAUGUUACGACCUCACAGGAAGCUGAAAGAGCUCCGGAUCAGUGGCUAUGCCGGAUCAAAAUUUUCAACAUGGAUUGGAGAUCCUUCAUUCUCUAACAUGGUGUUGAUUAGAUUACAAGGUUGUAAAUAUUGUCAAUUCUUGCCACCACUUGGACAGUUGCCUUGUCUAAAAAAACUUCAUAUACAAAGAAUGCCUGCAGUGGAAAGUGUUGGUCCUGAGUUUUAUGGAGAAGGUAACUUGCCUUUUCAAGCCAUGGAGACACUUACGUUUGAGAGUAUGGAAAAUUGGCAGAAAUGGUCUCCUUGCCAACAAGAUCUUGGAGUUGGUGUUUUCUCUUGCCUGAGACAGCUUUCCAUCAGAAAAUGCCCGAAAUUGGCAGGUAGUUUACCGGAGAAUGUUGAUUCGUUAGCAACGCUUGAGAUAUCUGGUUGUGAAGAAUUGGUGGUUUCAAUGGGGAAUUACAAACAACUUCGUGAAGCAAGCAUCCAAAAUUGCAAGAGGGUGGUGCAUACAAAUCCGGUUCAGUUUGACUUGCUAGAGUGGUUGUGUUUUUCAAAUAUUUCAGAGUUGGGAGUCCAAACAAAGGAGUUCGUGACAGGCUUGAAAAAGGUUAAAUAUUUGAAGGUUACUAGCUGUGAGAAGCUGACAUCUUCCUUUAGGAACGAGAAUAGAUUAUUGCAAAGCCUGAUUUCUCUUGGCCAUUUGCGUAUCGAAGACAACUCUACCCUUGUGGAGAAGGUAGGAAAAGAAGCAGAGGAGUUGAUGCAAUUGCAAAUAAUGGGUUGCAAGCUCGAAUAUCUGCGGUUAGUGGAGUGUGGAAGUCUUUUGAAGGUACCAGAAGGAUUGCAUCACCUGACCUAUCUUCAAGAGCUUCACAUAUAUAGAUGUUCAAGUCUAGUUUCUUUUGCAGAUACCGGCUUGCCACCUUCUCUCAAAGUCAUAAAGAUUGAUGGCUGCAAAUCCCUGUUGAAUUUUGCAAGAUACCAGAUUCCUUCAAGUCUAAGAAGAAUAGAGAUUUGGGAUUGUGAGAAUUUGAAAUCAUUUAUAGAGAACGAGGGGGAGUUGGUAGUUGGUUCUUCUUCUCAUUGUCUUGAGUUUUUGGAAAUAAGGCAAUGUCCAUCUGUGGUGUCCUUAUUAUGCAAAGGCCAAUUGCCCAUGGAGCUUAAAAGCCUUAUGAUAUCGGAAUGUAGACAGCUAGAGUUAAUAGCUGAUAGGUUCCUCGAUAACUCGUGCCAACUCGAAGAAAUGGCCAUCUGGGAGUGUCCAAAUCUUAAAUCCUUACCUGAGGGCAUGUUUCACCUCACCAACCUUCGGUCUUUGAUGAUUGCGGGGUGUGAAAGUCUUGUUUCGUUCCCACUGAAUGUGAGUGUCAGUGGGAGUGGGAGUUUGUCAUUGCCAAGAAGAGCCACCUCCAAACUGAGAAACAUCUUGAUCCUUGACUGUCACAAAGUGGAGGUGGUAACCAUGCUUAGAGAGAUGCACAAUAAUCUCAACUCUCUUUGGGACUUGACAAUUGAUUACUGUGAAGGUUUGCCUUCCUUUCUAGAAGCACAAAAAGAGGGUUUUUCGCCCAACCUAACGUCUCUAACAAUUUUGAAGGUCCGUAGUUGUAAGGCACUCUUGGAAUCUCAAGGGUUGCACAGACUCACAUCUCUAAGGAAGUUGUGGAUCAGGGGUGAAAAUGAUCCUGAUCUGUUGUUCUUUCCACCAGAUGCUGAGAAUGAGAUGCUGCUCCCUAAGUCUCUCAUUAAACUCCUCAUUCAAGGCUUCCCAAAUCUCAAGAAAUUGAGCAAAGGCUUUCAAUUUCUCACCUCUCUUAAAUCUCUGUCAAUAAUCGAAUGUCCAAAGCUAGCAUCCAUUCCAGAGGAGGGGCUGCCUCUUUCGCUUACGCAUCUUAAGAUUGCUGGGAGUCCUCUACUUGAAGAGAAAUGCAAAGCAGGCAGUAAAGGACAAUACUGCCCGAAAAUAUCCCACAUCCCUUGCAUAGAUGUUCAUGAGCAGGAGGCAUUGGGAUAUAAGAGAGAAUUCAUCUUCAGUUCUUGAAGGAUGCUUUCUGACCAAAAGGGACCAAGCUCUUCAUCUUCUGCGGAUAUCCUUUGUUUCCUUACUUUCCUCAAUGUAAGACUUGUUGACAGAGCAAUUCAAAUACAUCGAAGAAGCCCAGUAUUUUUCAUUA